CCCUGUGCCUUCACAGAGUCACAAUAAGCAAUGACAUAAGCCGCACACAUGUUGCUUGCCUGGGGAGAAGGCUCUGAGUGACACCUUGUCUCUUUGCCGGCUGGGCUCAAAACGCUUCGGACGUAGCCGUGGAUGUCACCGGGCCACGGGCACCGUCGUAGGCCAUGAGUGUUGAAACGGAGAAGUACUGUACGAUCCUCAUUCACUAUGAGAAGGGCGUGCCGCCAACAUCCGAAGAGCUUGCGAAGAAGUUGGAGAGCAAGAAGGAGACUGUGCAAGCCGAAGCCCUUGAAGAGUUGAUUCUGCUGAUGAUCAAUGGUGAGUCGUACCCGAAGCUGUUGAUGACUAUCAUCCGUUUUGUGGUCACUAGCCGGGAUCAUCGAGUAAAGAAGCUUUUGCAGAUCUAUUGGGAGAUCGUCGAGAAAACAAAGGACACCGGCGACCUAAAGGAAGAAAUGAUCUUGGUGUGCAAUGCCUUACGAAAUGACUUGAUGCACGCCAACGAGUACGUGUGCGGCUCGACAUUGCGGUUGUUGUGCAAGAUGAAGUACUACAGGAUCCUUGAGCCCUUGAAGGAGGCUGUUCUCAGGAACCUGUCGCAUAGGCACUCCUACGUGCGGCGAAAUGCAGUGAUGUGUGUCUUUUCCAUUGUGAAGAGCUUUGGCGUCGAAGUCUUGCCAGAGGCGCCUGAGGAUAUAGAGCAGCUGCUCUUGGUUGAGGGCGACCUCUCCACAAAGCGCAACGCUUUCCUUAUGCUCGUGAAUUGCGACCAGGAAAGAGCCAUCAAAUACGUGCUCAGCUUGCAAGAGCAGGUUAGUUCCAUGGGGGACAUUUUCCAGCUGGCGGUAUUGGAACUGGUGCGAAAGGUGUGCCGCUCAACCUCGGUCAACAAGGGCCGGUUUCUUCGCAUUGUUUUCGACUUAGCUGCCUCCUCAUCCACUGCGGUGUCUUAUGAGUGCGCCUCCAGUUUAGUGACGCUCUCUUCUUCACCAGUGGCCAUUCAUCAAGCUGCUCAGGCCUAUGUGCAGCUCUUGACCGAGCAGUCCGACAACAAUGUGAAGCUCAUCGUUUUGGACCGCUUGCGGGACGUGCAGAAACACCACAAGCAGGUUAUGGAGGGGAUGGUGAUGGACAUCUUUCGGGCGCUUAGCUGUCCUUCUCUGGAUGUGCGGAAGAAGGUUGUGGACAUUUGCCUUGGCUCCUUGGUCAGCCCACGGAACAUCAAGGAUAUUGUUGCGCUGCUGAAGAAGGAGGUGAUCAAGACUUUGGGUUAUGAGGCUUCAAACACUGAGGGCAACCUGGAGUAUCGCCGGCUUCUGAUCCGAGCCCUCCAUGCAUGCACAGGUCAAUAUCCUGAUCAAGCCCAGAGCGUGAUGUUCCUGCUGAUGGAUUUCCUCACGGAGUCCGAUCAAACCACAGCCACAGAAGUGGUGAUGUUCUUAAGAGAGCUGAUUGCAAACUAUAGCGAGAUGCGUUUGCCCAUCCUUCAGCGGUUGGCCGAGUGCAUCGGUGAUGUAUCACAGUCGCGGGUUUUGCGUGGCUGCCUUUGGCUUUUCGGUGAAUACUGUGAGGAUGAGGCGCUGAUUGAGAGCGUGAUCCAGGCGGUCUUGACUUCGCUGAGGCCGCUGCCUUUAGUCACAGAAGAUGGGUCUCAGAAAGAGAAGAAAGAGGGCGCAGGUGGCGAGAAGAAGAAGGAAAAGAAGGCACCCAAGAUCACCACGAAGACAGUGGUGCUCGCGGAUGGUACCUAUGGCACCCAGAACGUCUACGAAGGAGAAGAAGGCGAAGAGGAGGAAGUGGCCGAGGAGAAGGGCAAGGCCGACGUCAAGAAGACAGCCUUCCGGACUCUUCUGCUAGGCGGUGAUUUCCUACUCUCGGCGAUGGUUGGAGUUUCAUUGACAAAGCUUUGUAUGAAGCUGAAGAACCUGCCGGUGGCCUUGCGAAACGAGGUGUUGCUCGUGAUUGUCAACAUCCUCAAGCUAGUGAAGCAACAUGUUUGUGGCGGUGAGAAGUGCGAUAGUGCUGUGCGGCUGAGUCAGUGCAUUCGAGCCUUUGCAGUCCUAGGCAAGUCGCAGUUGCCUCCCGCCCAAUUGGCCGCUGCACAGCUGGUGCAGGGAGACUGGAGUGGCAGCCAGGGACGUGCGCAGCUGGCGAAGGUGUUGGAGCUGGCGAGCCAGAACUCCGAGUGGGCCUUGGGCCAGGAAGAGGAGGUGCAGGAGAAGAGUGUCGCGCCAGACGAGUGCAUCGUCUUCCGACAGCUUCGAGAAAGAAAAGGUGGUGCUGGACCCACAGGCGGCAUGGAUGACGAUGAGGACUUCCAUGCUGCGCGGGGCGCUACCAUCGCGCAGGCUGCGGCGGAUGGCGCUCUCUUUGCGGAGCGCCUGGCCAAGGUGCAGCAGAUGACAGGCCUGGCAGACCCUGUCUAUGUGGAAGCGUUCCUCCAGGUCCACUCCUUCGACCUGAUGUUGGAGCUUUUAGUGGUGAACCGAACCAAUGAGACGCUGCAGAAUGUCCUGGUCGAGCUCAGCACGCAGGGGGACCUGAAGCUCGUGGAUCGACCGUCAGCAGUGACGCUUUCAGCAGGCCAGCAAAUGACGCUGCAUGCUUCAAUCAAGGUUGCGUCCACUGAAACGGGCAUCAUCUUUGGAUACGUCACCUUCGAAAAGAAGAGUGCUGCAGAUAAGGAGUGCUCAGUCCUGAACGAACUGCACGUGGAUAUCCUAGAUUAUAUCGAGCGUUCGUGGAUCAACGAGCUGGCCUUCCGUACGAUGUGGUCCGAAUUUGAGUGGGAGAACAAGGUCAACAUCAACACCUCCAUCACUGAGGUGGGCACCUUUCUGGAGCACAUCAUGCGAAAUACCAAUAUGUCGAUUGUGGGAAGAAGCUACAAGAAGACUGGUGAAAAGAACCAGAAAAAGGGCAAACUCACUGCAGAAGAUGUGCAAGAUAUGCUUCGAGAUGCUGUUGGGAUUAAGAAGCUCAUCGACACAUCUAGCUUUGUGGCAGUGAAUCUCUAUGCCAAGUCGAUUUUCGGUGAGGAUGCGCUCGCGAACAUCUCCAUCGAGAAGCUUCCCGAUGGGAAGCUCACAGGUAGCUGCCGCAUUCGAUCGCGGACCCAGGGCAUUGCGCUGUCAUUGGGCGAUCGUAUUACCAUCGUCCAGCGGGGUGUCCAGGUCGCGAGAGAAUGAGCCACUUCUUGCAGCCUAGCCGAACCUGGCUGGUCUUUUCAAAGGCUGCGACCGGAAGGCCAAGGCGAAAGAAAGCAAAAAGAUGGGUCAUUCAGGGCAGGGACCAGGGACUUAGCAAGGUGGGUUGGGUGAGUGUGUGCGUGUGGG